UGCCGGUAGGGAUGGUGCUGGCCCGUGGGUCAGUCUGUGUCAGGCGCCCGCUGACACGGGACGGGCCGGGGCGGGGGUGCCCGGAGCCGCGGAGCCCUGACGGAUGUCCUGAGCUCUCACUAUGAACGCUAUUGUUGCCCUCUGCCAUUUCUGUGAGCUCCACGGUCCUCGCACCCUCUUUUGCACUGAGGUUCUGCAUUCGCCGCUUCCCCAAGGCGCCAGCAGCGGGGACAUCUCCGGGCAGAAUGAGCAGGCAGAAGAGGAGGAAGGUGGCAUCCAGAUGAGCAGCCGGAUCCGCUCGCACAGCCCAGCAGAAGGUGCCAGUGCUGACUCCAGCAGCCCAGGGCCAAAGAAGUCAGACAUGUGUGAGGGUUGCCGCUCUCUUGCAGGAGGACACCCUGGGUAUGUCAGCCACGACAAGGAGACAUCCAUCAAGUAUGUCAGUCACCAACACCCCAACCACCCCCAGCUCUUCAGCAUCGUGCGCCAGGCCUGUGUCCGCAGCCUGAGCUGUGAGGUCUGCCCAGGACGUGAGGGCCCUAUAUUUUUUGGAGAUGAACAGCAUGGAUUUGUGUUCAGCCACACUUUCUUCAUCAAAGACAGCCUGGCUCGAGGCUUCCAGCGCUGGUACAGCAUCAUCACUAUCAUGAUGGACCGGAUUUACCUCAUCAACUCCUGGCCUUUCUUGUUGGGAAAAAUCAGAGGCAUCAUUGAUGAGCUUCAGGGCAAAGCUCUUAAGGUGUUUGAAGCAGAGCAGUAUGGGUGCCCUCAGCGUGCCCAGCGGAUGAACACGGCCUUCACCCCCUUCCUGCACCAGCGGAACGGCAACGCCGCGCGCUCCCUGACCUCCCUCACCAAUGAUGAAAACCUCUGGGCAUGUUUGCACACUUCCUUUGCUUGGCUUUUGAAAGCUUGUGGCAGCCGACUUACAGAGAAGCUUCUGGAGGGAGCACCAACAGAAGACACUCUUGUUCAGAUGGAAAAACUUGCAGACCUGAAAGAAGAGUCAGAAGGCUGGGAUGGUUCUGAGGAGGAAGUGAAGCCUUCUUCCCAGCCAGAUGUUGUGGAAGGGCAGGAGCUGUCUAAAUGCUCUCCUGAAACAUCUUUGAUGCCAGACUGCAACAGCUGGAAUGUAGCUCACAGAAGGUUGUCAGUCUUUCGCUCUCUCAGGCACAUGAGACAGGUUCUGGGGGCAUCAGCAUUCCGCAUGCUGGCCUGGCAUGUUCUGAUGGGGAACCAGGUUAUUUGGAAAGCUAGAGACAUGGAUCUUGUCCAGUCAGCUUUUGAUGUGCUACGGACCAUGCUGCCUGUUGGUUGUGUGAGGAUCAUCCCCUACAGUGAGCAGUAUGAAGAGGCCUACCGGUGUAACUUCCUGGGGCUUAGCCCACACGUCCAGAUCCCAUCCCACAUAUUAUCAUCUGAGUUUGCAGUGCUUGUGGAAGUUCGUGCUGCUGCCCGCUCCAGUCUCUACCCAACUCUGUUUGAUGAUGAGCAGUCCCUCAACAAGUAUGAGUUUGUUGUCACCAGUGGUAGCCCUGUUGCAGCAGACAGAGUUGGCCCCACAAUCUUGAACAAAAUUGAAGCAGCCCUGACCAACCAGAACCUUUCUGUAGAUGUUGUGGAUCAGUGCCUUGUCUGCCUGAAGGAGGAGUGGAUGAACAAAGUGAAGGUCCUCUUUAAAUUCACUAAAGUGGACAGCAGACCCAAGGAGGACACCCAGAAACUGCUGAGCAUUCUGGGGGCUGCAGAGGAGGACAAUGUCAAGCUGCUCAAGUUCUGGAUGACUGGGCUGAGCAAGACUUACAAAUCCCACCUGAUGUCAACAGUUCGCAGCCCAACCUCCUCGGAGUCCCGGAACUAAAAGGUGCCCAAACCUCACUUUCUGCCUUCAGAUAACCACAGGGAACCCCGAGUUACCACUGCUGAGCCUGCAGCAUGUGCUUUAGGAGGAUAGUGAAACAUCAUCACUGUUCUUCUGGUCCUCAGACUAACUUGAAGAGUGACUUGAGUCUUUUCUAAUUGCUGUGAGACUGGACUAAUAAGUGCUAAUCAAUAGUGCUGCUGUCUGUCCUGAAACUCAGCUCUAAAUCUAGACCUCCACACUCAAGACUAAAAUACAGCAAUGCUCAAAGAAUCCGUGUGAAAUAAUUGAAGUCCCAUCCUGUCCUCAUUAAGCAUGAUGGUGUGGCAGGACACCUCAGUUUUAGAUUUCAUUGGCAAGACUCAAAUACCUGGUGGCAACAUCUGGAACUCCUAGGAGCUGAUACGGUUACCAAAUCCCACACGAAGUCAUCCAGGUGCUUGAGAGAAUAAGCACCAAAACCAAGUGACAUGUCAGGGUAUGGAUCACCUGUAAAUUAUUUCAAACCACUUUACACUCGGAUUUAAGAGACUGUUUUCUGCUGUAGCAUAUGACAGGAUAUCCUAUCAGAGUCCUGUCACUCCACUUUAUUUAUUUAUAUCCUAACUUGAGACAGUUUUAGCAUUAGCUUUGGAAAUCUUGUCUUGGGAGGGAGAAUUGUAAAUGUAAGAAGUCUCAAAGUGCAUCCUGCUUGCCUCUCAAGAGAGAAGGUAAAAUGCUCACCUUGUUUUGCCUGUGGCUGCAAAACUUGAAGGUGAUGAAGACAACCUCACCAGGAUAAGUGUUCCUUGGUCUUCAGAAAUAAUUUUCUAGCUUCCUAAUUAAGUUAAGCAGAAAAGAUCCAACCUGUAGGUGCUCCCUUCUUAUCUAACUCUCUAGUAGCCAUUUUUGCUUAAUAGUUAAUGGAAACAUUGGUGCAUUUUUUUAAUUACCUGAACAGACAUUCCUUACCUGUAUUGUAAGGAAUUCCUGUUUGUUGUGAAGUCUUUUUUCUGGAUCAUUGUUGGGAAGACUUGAUGCUACCGUGGACGUUUUUAACAAGCUUGAGGCAGGUUUUACCCAGGUGACCUUCUACACUCAUUCAAACAAGACUCAAGCUCAGAAGGGGAUGUUCCAGCUUGUCACGAGUUCUGUUCUUCUGUAUAAAGUAUGCAGGUUGGUUUUUGUCUUGGAACAUCUGUAAAAUGGUGACAGGCAUUAAAUCUCAAGAGCUAUUUUU